UUUAACAUUUGCCGUAAUUUAAAGACAAAAUUAUAGGUUGAUAAGAUGCCGAUAACAGUGUAGAGACAUUAUAAAAUAUAGUGGCUUUUGGUAAAAUAAUUUACUAAAUACUAAAUCGAAAUAUAAUAUAUAUUGAGAAAAAAUAACUGUACUUGCUUCUUGCUUAACAUCUUAAUCGGAAAAUUAUGUCUACAGGAUUCUCCACAAGAAGAGGAAUUUUGUUUGUACUAAUUUGUAUAGAUUUAUUGAUACAUUCGACAUCUUACACUGUGAACGACGCAAAUAAAAUCCACAAGUUCUUAUUUAAUCAGACUGAUGAUGGUUACAAUAAACUAGUCCUACCUAACUACCCAGUAACUGUCAAGGCAGAGUACACCUUGCUGGCUCUCAAUUCUUUGGAUAUAAAGGAACAAAUAUUUGAGACAUCAGGAUGGUUUACCGUGGUAUGGAUUGACAGUCGAUUAUCAUGGACAAAUUCAUCUUAUGGAAAUAUUGACUAUAUAUUUGUACCCGAGGACCAGGUCUGGCACCCUGAAUUGAUUGUGCAGAAUUCUAUUGUGGAAUUACGGAAAAAUCUUGGUGCCGAAAAAAUAGUCCGAAUACAAUAUAACGGAGAAGUACAAUGGGAACCACCAGCUGUUUUAUCCACGGCGUGUGACAUGGAUGUCACGUACUUUCCAUAUGACAGUCAAACUUGCACCAUAGAAUUAGCUAGCUGGGGUUUCCCUGCAGACGUUGUCAACUUAGAAUUCCUCGAUACUCAAAUAAAUUUAGAAGAAUACAACAAAGAUGAAGAAUGGAACCUAACAACAACCUCCCAGAAAACAUAUAAUAUAACUGAAGGCAAUCUGAAGUUUUCGGAACUUUUGUUUCAAAUGGAGUUUAAAAGAUAUUAUGGUCAUUACCUUAUGAGCGUUAUUUUUCCGACCAUUUUAACUGCCGUAUUAACAUUCGUUACAUUUUUUCUGCCACUUGAAUCUGGAGACAAGAUCGGAUACAUUCUGACAGUGCUACUUGCUUUGGCGGUUUUAUUGACGUUAUUUUCAGACAGUAUGCCUACAACAUCAAAACAUACUUCUGUUCUUGUGGUAUUUCUAACAGUUACAUUAGGAAUGGCCUCUCUUGUGAUUAUCUUUACGAUAUUUAUCAUAAGACUUUUCCAUCAACCAGAACACGACAAGGCACCAAAAUGGAUGCAUUCCUUGGCAAGGAAAUUCUUGAAGUUAAAGCACAGAGCCGGAAGAAUAAAUCAUCUUGAUCAUCUUGACCAAAGGCAGAUUACUGAAAAUGACCAACCAAAAGAUGGAAGAGUCUGCCUGGAGAGUAGUAAGCAAUUUACACCGUACACCAACAAGGAGUUAGCAGAAUUUUUCGAUUAUUUCCUGUUUGGUGUUUUCACAGUUUUAUAUAUUUUGGUUCUUUUGUGUUUUCCAAUAGUUCUUAGCACCUCAACAUGAUGCAAACAUGACAUUGAAUAUGAACUGCAUGUAUGUUUCAAUUAUAUUAAUAUAUAAUUAGUGUGGUAAAACAAGUUCCUGUUUUUGACAUGUAUAAUGCAAGAUAAUAAUUAUCACUUAUUGUAUCACAUAGUAUUGUACAAAUCAUUUUUACUAAUGUUAAUUCCUAGAAUUAGUAUUACAUGUUUACACAAACGUUUUCUUGGUAAUUCAAGGCAUGAAGUGUCUUCGUUGCGCUUUAUCUCUUUACUUUUGUCAGUUAUGCCUAUUUUGGACAUUUGGUGCAAGCAACAACUAUUCAACAUGUCCAAUGCGUAGAAUAGUGAAAUGCAGCAGGUUUGGAUAUUGUACUUAAGCGUUACACAUGUGUACGAUGUUAUCAUUACGUAAGUUUUAAACAGUAUCAUUCAUUUAAAACAAAACGCUACAAAUGAAUUGUUGGUUUUUCCCUUUUAGAAAUUGCUAUGUUUUUACAAGCAUACAUAUAACUGUUGUCAAAAGUGAAUUCAGCGCCAUAGAAAAUAUUCUGCUCACACCUGAAGAUCCAUGAACACCUUUCCUCAAAACAUUACUAGAAUUUUUUGUUUUCGAAUAUAUGCGAUUUUUGUUAAACGAUAAAAAAAAAUCAUAAUUUGUUCUCAUAUUUCUGUUCCCUUCCUCUCACCUCCAGUUGGUGGUUUCAAGAGAUUUCUAGUAUAAAUAAGUUACAGAUAGAAAAGGAUGGAUAUUACUUGACUGAAAAAAGUAGUACAGCCAAUAGCGACUGGAAAUGUAACCAUCCUACGUAGCAUUCAUAUAUGUUUUCUUAAACGAUCAAUGGUGAUGAAAAAAGAUUGACCCGAUAAAAAAAUAUGAAUGUUUGUUGAUGAUUAUUGAUAUACUCUUUUAUUUGAAAUAUAAAUGUUUCCGUCCAGUUUCAUACUAGAAAACCUUAAAAAGUAGACCAUUUAUUAUGGCGUUUAAGUUGUUAGUUAAAGUCAGCAACCUCCACAACUUAAUUCUUUUUUUAGCCAAUUUGAAGUCUUUUGAUCUGGAAAGAAUAUGGAAUCUGUUUCAUCCCAUGUCAAAUUCUAUGACAAAAAGAACAUUCUGCACCUUCAUAUGAAAUAAAUAUUCUACGAUAUAAUUCUGUAAAACCAACUUUGCAAAUAUUUAAUCAUACAUUACACAUGCUAAUAUUAAUUAAACAUGAAAACCUUCAUACAUUUUAAAUGAUAGACGAUACAAGCAGCAAUAGUACAAUAUAAUUUCUUCAUGGGUGUAGUGUGUAUGGCUUUGGCGAAUACUUCAUGACAUACCACCAAAAAAACCCAUCAAAAACCGUUUUAUUCCUUUUAAGAGCAGUACAGAAUAUGUCUUUUCAAAAUGUGAGAUUUUGACUUAUUCUAUCAAACGGAAAUCGAUAUUCUUGUAAACGAAUGAAGUAAAACUACUCGUACAAUACAGUCCUAAAAAUCGAAAUUAUGCCGAAUGGAAUCAAAAUACAAAAUUUAAAGUGUUAAAUUAGAAGAAACUUGUAUACAAUUCAAUUACCAGGAACUUCGAAAAUAGAAGCAUGGUCACUCUUGGUCUUCUUCUGACUAGCAUUAAAACUCUUGCCGAAAUAGGGCGUCCAUUUGGCUGUGCGGGAUUUACAAAUACGCUGUCACGUCCGGUCAGCCUAAAUGGGGACGUAAAUCUGAUGCCUCGUGUAGAGAAAGUGUCAUGCUCUCUGCAUAUUAAGUACCCUUGCAACAAUACUUUUAGGGGUACGAAGGUGGCUAUUCCAAGACAACAUUUUAGGCCCUACAUCCACUUUACCCUCAUUUUCCAGAACGUGUCAGUCCACAUUUCCUCUUCAUCCCGAACGGCGUCUUUUAAUGACCUACCUGUUAUAUUUAUUAAAAACCAUGCUUCAAUAUAGUUUAAUUGUCCGUUUUCAACAUCAAUCGCAUUUAAACUUAACUUUCCUUUCACCUUUCAAACCAUGCUGUGGAAUGGUUUAUCUCCCCUUGUUGACCCCAUGCUAACGUAUCAUUUAACUGCCGUUUUGACACUAUGCUAACACAAGGAUUAAAUCCUUCUUUGAUACUAUGUUAACGUAUGACUCAUCUUAUCUUUCUCAGCAUUUUGAUGCAUGGCUAACAUCCGUUUUGGUACCGUGCAUCCGUAUGGUUUAUCUUCAUGUAUCGAUUUAUAUGUACAUGUUUGAAAUCAUCAGUUACGGUCCAUAGACAAUAAAGCUUUACACCUGCCAAAGCCAAAGACUAAUUUUGUAAAGAAAACAUUAAAGUACUCAGGUGCACAAAUAUGGAACAAUUCUUUAGUACCAGGUCAUGAAAUCGAGAGUUGUAUUCCAUUUGUUUCGUUGGUUGAUAUAGUCUUACGUUUGAUUUUGUCAGUUUUUGUGGACUCCCCUUUUUAAUUAACUUUGGAGUUCGGUAAUUUUAUUCAAACUGUUUUCCCUCAGAAGUAAAAUAUUGUAAAUCCUUUUAAAUACUUCAAAUAGAUAGUUUAAUCUUCUUUUCAAUGAGAAUCUUUGAACACUUUCUUGAAUCAGGUGUUGUGACUACUAACUUAGAUUUUUAUUAAU